AAUGACUCAUGGCACGCACGCUGGAGGGAAGGGCGGGGUGGCAAAGUGACUUUAAAAGCAAAUCGGUCUCAUGGAGACAAUGAUUAUCGUAACAUUCGGUUGACUGUUGAUAUCAGAGGAUACUCACAAUAGAAGUUGGACCUGGAAGAUGUCAAGUUACGGCAAACGGAAACUGGUGGAAUUGUUUUAUGAUGUAAUAUCCCCUUACUCAUGGCUUGCAUUUGAGAUGCUCGGUCGGUACAAGAACAUAUGGAAUAUCGAUCUGAAGCUGCGACCUGCUCUUCUGGGUGGAGUCUAUAAAGGUGCCGGUAACAGGAGUCCUGAUGAUGUUCCAAGAAAAUUCCACUACAUGGCAGCAGACCUUCUCCGCUUGGGCGCCUACACUGGAGUUCCACUCAGAGUUCCUGCUCAGCCUGUCAACGUUUUGAUGGCGAAAGGUUCUCUGGAAGCCAUGCGCUUUGUGACUGCAGCGGCUGAGAAGGAGACAGGUGGUGAUGCCCAGGUGGAGAAGGUCUCCAGGGAGCUGUGGAUGAGGAUCUGGAGUAAUAGCCAAGACAUCAACCAGCUCUCUUCACUUGCAGAGGCGGGUCUACACGCUGGACUAUCUGACAAGAGGGUACAAGAAUUACUGGAAAUGUCCAGCAGUAAGGCAGUCAAGGACAAGUUGUGGUCAACUACCCAAGAAGCCCUUGAUUAUGGGGGUUUUGGAUUUCCCCUCACAGUCUGCCAUGUAAACGGAGAGGCCAAAAUCUUCUUUGGAUCAGACAGAUUUGAACUAAUGGCUCACUGUCUCGGUGAAAAGUGGAUGGGACCACAGCCUGUGCACCCGUCAGUAACUCUCAGUCAACAACCAGCCUUUAUGAGAGCAGCCAUGGCCCACUGACAUUUUCUCUUUGGACAGAGACAUUGAUAUCUUCUUUAAUGAGUUGGAUAUGGCACUACUGUUUACUUAAGCACAGCUGUGAGUGAGCUUCAGCAGAUACUGUUCUCCGAGGUGACAGGGACUCUCUCAAUGUUCGACUCUCUGUUUUUAAGUGCUCACACCACCAGUGCUCCCCCCACCACCAUGCUCCUACUGUGCAAAUCUACCCCCGACCAUACCCCAACUCAGACCCGGGAGUCAGUACGCCAUGGUUUUGGAAACAAAAAAGGUCAAUAUUUGUAAAUAUAUUUAAAAACUUGUGUAUGUAUGAAUGUGUAAGUAUGUGUAUUAAUGUAAUAAAGCAUGUUAUUCUUUUCUAAA